UCGGUGGAGUUUCAGUGACAGUUACUCAAUCAAUGUUUGGAUGUUUCACCGCAUAAAUGAGUCAAACGUGUUGAUGACACAGCCGAGGUCCAUUUUUGCACUACUUGACAUUCCUUUUGGAAAGAAAAAUGUCUGGAGAAGGUAGAGCAAAAGAAGAGGGACAUGGAAAGAUCAGUCGUGUUAUUCGCCUGGGAACCAGGAAAAGCCAGCUGGCGCGUAUCCAGACAGACAGCGUGGCCGACAAACUGAAGGAGCUGUACCCCGACGUCCACUUAGAAAUAGUUGCCAUGUCAACUAUCGGAGACAAAAUCCUCGACCAAGCUUUAUCAAAGAUCGGGGAAAAGAGCCUUUUUACCAAAGAGCUUGAGAACGCCCUUGAGAGGAACGAGGUGGAUAUUGUCGUGCACUCUCUCAAGGAUUUACCCACCGCGCUUCCUCUCGGCUUCACCAUCGGCGCAGUGCUUGAGCGUGAGAGUCCCAACGAUGCCGUGGUGCUUCACCCAAAGAAUGCUGGACUGACGUUAGAUGCUCUGCCUGACAAGAGCGUCAUUGGUACCAGUUCAUUGCGUAGAGCUGCCCAGCUUAAGAAGAGGUUCCCUCAACUGGAAUUUGAAAAUAUUAGAGGAAACCUGAACACUCGCCUGAGGAAACUGGACGAGAAGGACGAUUACGCCGCCAUUAUCCUGGCCGCGGCCGGACUCAAACGCAUGGGCUGGGAAGACCGCAUCAGCCAGAUCCUGGGUCCUGAUGAUUGUAUGUACGCAGUGGGGCAGGGAGCGCUGGCUGUGGAGGUGCGGGCGCGAGAUAAAGACAUUCUGGAGAUGGUGUCUGUCCUGCAUCACCCGGACACCGUCCUACGCUGCAUCGCCGAGAGAGCUUUCCUCCGACACCUGGAGGGGGGCUGCAGUGUGCCUGUUGCUGUCCACACAGAAGUGAAGGAGUCUGUGCUGUAUCUGACUGGAGCAGUGUAUAGUUUGGAUGGUGCGGAUUGUUUGAAAGAGACCAUGCAGACCAUCAUAGCACCAAACAGUGCGGCGGAAGAGUGUGUCCAGGACGGCGUCCACGUCGGAGUCACGGCCAACAACAUUCCGGCGUCAUCCAAAGCCGCCGCUGAAAAGCUCGGAGUGGAUCUUGCUACUCUUCUGCUGAGCAAAGGAGCCAAAGACAUCCUCACCACGGCCCGACAGCUAAACGACGCCCGAUAGGUCCUCUGCUUACCUACCGGACGCCAGAGCCCACUCUGAGAUGCUCUGAGUGAAGAGUAUGAAUGCUGCUGUCUAUUGUCUCACAAGGUCUGGACGCAUAUCAACCGAUAGAAUGUCAUCUCCACCAGUCAAAUACAGUCAUGUGCCAACAGGAUGGCUCAGAUCUAGGACCUUAUAGAACCAUCAAAUUUCAGGCAAUAUGCAAAAAUUUAUGAAUGUGUUUGCAAUACUCGCUAUCCUCUCUCUCUCUCUCUCUCUCUUUCUUUCCACUUCUCAGUCUCUAUCUUUAGAGGCCUCUGACUGUGUUUUUAUCUACUGACAACUAUUCAUCUCAGGUGAUUGUAGCUAUUUCUAAGAAAACAGAUGUUGAUUACUAUAUAUGAUUUCAACAUCAAAUAAUCUCUUACAGGUUCAGGUAACAUCAGACCAGGUUAAAAUAAAUACCAGUUUUACCAGCUCUCAGGAACAGAAAUGAACAGUACGUUUUUAUGACGCUCCUCUACUGAGUGUAGUGUUCACGAGUAGUGCUGUCUGUUACCAUGAUAACUAUAUUUCAUUACUGGAGCCAGUUGAAGUUUUAAUUAUUGCUGUCGUAUAAACACGCUGUCUGUAAACUCGGGCUGUUCCAUAAUUGUUCGAAACGCCCAGCUAUUUUACAAAAUCGCGUUGUACCAUAAUUCUGUUGGUGCUAUGUAUAUUAGCCAUUUUCCAAAAGAAAAUGGUUUUUGAAGCUGAUACCUGAGUUAGAAGACCUUGGACUGAGAGAACUGGAGUAUUUGUAUAUCUGUUGGGGUCAUCUAGAGCUACUUUGUAAAUCCAAUGUAAAUUGUGGAUUAUUCUAUGUCAUAUUUAUGGAUAAUAUCUUAAAGGUUGUAAAUGUACGGGAAGUUAGGAGUUUGUCGAUUGUAC